GCAACCUCUUCAAAGUACUGCACUCGUCAGACCAUCCGUUUCUCCCGAUCCUUUUUGGGCUUGGACUUGAUUAACCACCAAGUUAAUUGCUUGCACCGCUUACGGACUUUAGCUGUCACGCUCUGCAAGGCCCGCUUUCUGGUAUCCGUAAUUCCAGGCACCGUACGCAGGGAAAGGAUGCGCUCCCAUCCCUCGAUCAAAGAUGGCUGGUUUAGGGAGAUAAACGCCCAAUGGCCUGGCCAAGCGAUGACACUCAAAGUAGACCGUAUCCUGCACACCGAGCAGUCGCAGUACCAAGACGUACUCGUCUUCCAAUCCGAGAAGCAUGGGAACGUGCUCGUCCUGGACAGCGUAAUCCAAUGCACAGAGCGGGACGAGUUCUCGUAUCAGGAAAUGAUUGCCCACUUGCCGCUGGCGUCCCAUCCCGAUCCGCAGAGGGUGCUCGUCAUCGGCGGCGGGGACGGCGGCGUCGUCAGGGAAGUCCUGAAACAUGUUUCCGUCCAAGAGGUCGUCUUGUGCGAUAUAGACGAGGCCGUCAUCCGGGUUUCUAAGCAGUUCCUCCCGCACAUGUCUGCCCUCCUCUCCGACCCGCGCGUGACGGUGCACAUCGGCGACGGGUUCAAGUUCCUCGCCGAAAAGGUCUCGCAAUUCGACGUGAUCAUCACUGAUUCCUCGGACCCCGUCGGGCCCGCAGAGUCCUUGUUCCAGAAACCCUACUUCCAGCUCUUGCACGAUGCCCUCCGCCUCGGGGGCCAUAUCAGCACGCAGGCAGAGAACCCCUGGCUACACCUGCCCCUGAUCUCUGAGCUCACAGCGACCGUAAAGCAGAUCUUUUCCACAGCUGAGUAUGCAUACGCCAGCGUCCCAACCUACCCGAGCGGCGGUAUAGGCUUCCUCGUCGCUUCCAAAUCCCCGGGAAGGGACGUCAAGCUUCCGCUGAGGGACGUCCCGCACUGCCGGUACUGGAACAAGGCCGUACACUCUGCGGCGUUCGUCGUGCCCGAAUUCGCCCGUGCCUCAAUCGAGGAGGGCAAGGACCUCCUCCCGGACCUCACCCCAGCCCCGACCCAGGGAAAGACCCGCAAGGUCCUCCUCCUCGGAAACGGCUACGUCGCUGGCCCCGCUGCGGAGUAUAUCCUCCGUGACCCGCGCAACGAACUUACGAUUGGCUGCCGCACGCUCGCAACCGCCCAAGCCCUCUGUGCCAACCUUUCCCGCGCAACGCCAGUCUCCGUGGACGCGACCAGCCCCGCCUCGCUCGACCCACUCGUCGCAUCACACGACCUUGUCGUCAGCCUCAUCCCUUACAUACAUCAUGCCGACGUGAUUCGCUCUGCCUGCCGCGGUAAGACGAACGUGGUCACUACGUCCUAUGUCUCGGAUGCGAUGCGCGCCCUGGAGCCGGAGAUCAAGAAGGCCGGAAUUGUCGUGAUGAACGAGAUUGGUCUUGAUCCGGGCAUUGAUCAUCUCUAUGCUAUCAAGACGAUCGACGAGGUGCACGCUAAAGGCGGCAAGGUCACUGGCUUCCUCUCCUACUGCGGUGGUCUUCCCGCCCCGGAAUGCUGCGAUAACCCGCUCGGUUACAAGUUCUCCUGGUCGUCCCGGGGUGUCCUCCUCGCGCUGCUCAACUCGGCCAAGUACUACUUUGAGGGCAAGCUCGUCCAGAUCCCCGGGAGGGACCUCAUGUCCUACGCCAAACCGUACUUUAUCACCCCAGCGUUCGCCUACGUCGCCUACCCGAACAGGGACUCGUCUGUCUUCCGCGAGUUCUACCAUAUCCCCGAAGCGCAGUCCGUCAUCCGCGGCACGCUCCGCUAUCAGGGUUUCCCUCAGUUCAUCAAGGCGCUUGUUGAAUGCGGAUUCCUCGAUCAGAGCGAGAAGGACUACCUUGGCAGGUCAGCGGCUCCCCUUCCCUGGAAUGAGGUUACAAUGCGUGCUUUGGGUGCUAAGGGCAGCUCGGAAGAGGACCUUAUCAAACAGAUCAACGUUGCUUGCGAGUUUGAAAGCGAGACAGAGAGGCAGAGAAUCAUCUCUGGCUUCCGCUGGAUCGGCCUUUUCUCGGACGAGAAGGUGACCCCUCGCGGGACCCUCCUUGAUACGCUCUGUGCUGCGCUCGAGAAGAAGAUGCCGUAUGAGAAGGGCGAGAGGGAUCUCGUCAUCCUCCAGCACAAGUUCUUCGUCGAAUGGGCUGAUGGCAAGACCGAUAUCAUCACUUCUACUCUGGAAGACUAUGGCGACCCGCACGGCUGGUCUUCUAUGGCGACGCUAGUAGGUAUCCCGUGCGGUAUCGCCGUACAGCUCGUGCUGGACGGGGUGCUAGCUACGCCCGGCAUCCUCGCGCCGUACUCCAAGGAAAUAUGUGAUCCGAUCAGGGAGAAGUUGGAACAGGAAGGAAUACGAUUGAUAGAGAAGACCAUGUAAAAGAAAGCAGAGUCGCCAUGCUAUAUAAGGAAUAGCACGGUUGAGAAGAUGACAUGUGUUACACGAGUAAUAGACGC